AAAAAGAAGGAAAUGUGCACCGGUGAGAGAAAGUUUUUGGGAAAAAAACUGAUGAGGUCCUUACCUCUGCGCAGUUGGCAGGAGGAGGAUGGGUUUGGGAAGAAUAGAUGCUGAGACAGGAGGGGAGGGAGAUAGAGCUCGUGUUUCAGCGCGCCUGGGGGUCGUAGGGGGUGGACUGGUACUGCGGAAUAUACAAAGAUUCAUAAAUACGCGACUGGACAUUAAACCGCGGUGCUUGGCCUGACGCGGUGGGUGCUUACUUUCCGCACGGGCCCAUCCGUUGGAUUCCUCCACAUCUUUGGUCGGAAGAUUGACUGCAUGGUUCGGUAGUCUUGGAAAACACAAACACACACACAACGCCAAAAGAGACGCGGCAGCUCUAUCCCGUCUUGUUUUCUCACCCAAAGGAUCUGCGUGUCUAAUAUUUAGACAUGUUCAGCUUUGUGGAUUCACGGACUGUUUUGCUACUUGUAGCAACCCAAGUUGUAUUACUAUCGCUUGUAAGAUGCCAACAGGAGGAUGACCAGGAUGAGCUGGGUGGCUGCAUCCAAGAUGGCCGCCACUACAGUGAUAAGGACGUGUGGAAGCCGGAGCCGUGUCGCAUCUGCGUGUGUGACACGGGUGCCGUGCUGUGCGAUGAGAUCAUCUGCGACGAGCUGCGCGACUGUGCCAACCCCGUCAUUCCCGUUGGAGAGUGCUGCCCUGUGUGCCCAGCUGAGCACAGCACCCCCAUUGAGGCAGUUGGUGCAAGGGGACAGAAGGGUGAGCCAGGAGACAUUACUGAUGUCGUAGGACCAAGAGGACCAUCAGGCCCCAUGGGCCCCCCGGGAGAGCAAGGAACCCGUGGUCAGAGAGGCCUUAAGGGAGAUACGGGAAAUCACGGACCUCGAGGCAGAGACGGUGAGCCCGGCACCCCUGGAAACCCAGGACCUGCUGGCCCCCCAGGCCCUCCUGGACUUGGUGGAAACUUUGCUGCUCAGAUGGCUGGAGGCUUUGAUGAGAAGGCUGGAGGUGCUCAGAUGGGUGUGAUGCAGGGACCCAUGGGCCCCAUGGGACCUCGUGGACCCCCUGGACCAUCUGGAUCUCCUGGCCCACAGGGUUUCCAAGGCGGCCCUGGUGAGGCUGGAGAACCUGGACCUGCUGGAGCUCUGGGACCCCGUGGCCCCUCUGGACCCUCAGGAAAACCAGGAAGUGAUGGAGAAGCUGGUAAGCCUGGCAAAGCUGGUGAGCGUGGACCUCCCGGCCCUCAGGGAGCUCGUGGAUUCCCAGGAACACCUGGACUUCCAGGACUCAAAGGACACAGAGGACACCCAGGUGUGGAUGGACUUAAGGGAGAGACUGGUACUGCUGGAGCUAAGGGUGAGGGUGGUGCUCCUGGUGAGAAUGGCGCUCCUGGACCCAUGGGACCUCGUGGUCUGCCUGGCGAGAGAGGACGUCCUGGGGCUGCUGGAUCUGCUGGUGCUCGUGGUAACGAUGGUCUGCCUGGUCCUGCUGGUCCCCCUGGUCCCCUUGGCCCCGCUGGUGCCCCAGGUUUCCCUGGAUCUCCAGGUUCCAAGGGUGAAGCUGGUCCAACUGGUACUCGCGGAGCUGAGGGAGCUCAGGGACCCCGUGGAGAGGGUGGUACGCCCGGAUCUCCUGGACCUGCUGGUGCAGGCGGUAACCCUGGAACUGAUGGUAUCCCUGGCUCUAAAGGAUCUGCUGGAGGUGCUGGUAUUGCUGGUGCACCUGGUUUCCCUGGCCCACGUGGUCCUCCCGGACCCCAGGGAGCUACUGGACCUCUUGGACCCAAGGGACAGUCUGGUGAUCCUGGUAUCCCAGGAUUCAAGGGUGAGGCUGGACCCAAAGGAGAGCGCGGUGUUGCUGGACCUCUAGGAGCACCUGGACCUUCUGGAGAGGAGGGUAAGAGAGGAGCAAGAGGAGAGCCCGGAACUGCUGGACCACUUGGACCUCCUGGGGAGAGAGGCGCCCCUGGUAACCGUGGAUUCCCUGGUCAAGAUGGUCUUGCUGGAGCUAAGGGAGCCCCUGGAGACCGUGGUGUUCCUGGUCUGGGUGGUCCUAAGGGAGGCACUGGAGACCCCGGUCGCACUGGAGAGCCUGGCCUUCCUGGUGCCAGAGGUCUUACUGGUCGUCCUGGAGAUGCUGGUCCUCAAGGGAAAGUUGGUCCCGGUGGAGCCCCUGGAGAGGAUGGACGUCCCGGACCCCCUGGGCCUCUGGGAGCUCGUGGUCAACCUGGAGUGAUGGGAUUCCCUGGACCUAAGGGUGCCAAUGGAGAGCCCGGAAAGACUGGAGAGAAAGGACUUCUUGGUAACCCUGGUCUUAGGGGUCUGUCUGGAAAGGAUGGUGAGACUGGAUCUUCUGGUCCCCCUGGCCCUAAUGGCCCUGCUGGAGAGAGAGGAGAACAGGGUCAGGCUGGACCUUCUGGCUUCCAGGGUCUGCCUGGGCCUUCUGGCGCACCUGGAGAGGCUGGCAAGCCUGGUGAUAUGGGUGUUCCUGGAGAGGGUGGAGCUGCUGGCCCCUCUGGACCAAGAGGAGAGCGUGGUUUCCCUGGUGAGAGAGGAGGUGCUGGUGCUGGGGGACUGCAGGGACCUCGUGGUCUUCCUGGAACUCCUGGAACUGAUGGACCCAAGGGCGCGAUCGGACCUUCAGGAGGUUCCGGUGCCCAGGGACCCCCUGGUCUUCAGGGAAUGCCUGGUGAGAGAGGAGCUAGCGGUAUCUCUGGUGCCAAGGGUGACAGAGGUGACAAUGGAGAGAAGGGACCUGAGGGUGCUCCAGGAAAAGAUGGCGGAAGAGGUUUGACUGGCCCCAUUGGUCCUCCUGGUCCUUCCGGUCCUAAUGGAGCCAAGGGUGAAAAUGGUCCUCUUGGACCCAAUGGAGCUGCUGGUGCCCGUGGAGCCCCUGGUGAUCGUGGAGAGGGUGGUCCUCCAGGCCCUGCUGGUUUCGCUGGACCUCCCGGUUCUGAUGGUCAGCCUGGUGCCAAGGGUGAGCUCGGUGAGGGUGGUCAGAAGGGAGAUGCUGGUGCCAAUGGACCUCAGGGACCUUCCGGAGCCCCCGGACCUUCAGGUCCCACUGGUGUGUUUGGGCCUAAAGGAGCUCGUGGUGCCCAGGGAGCAGCUGGUGCCACUGGUUUCCCAGGCGCAGCUGGACGUGUCGGAUCUCCAGGUCCUAAUGGAAACCCUGGUCCUUCUGGCCCACCUGGUGGCGCUGGAAAAGACGGUCCUAAGGGAGUGCGCGGUGAUGCUGGUCCCCCAGGUAGACCAGGAGAUGCUGGUCUGCGUGGAGCUGCUGGCACCCCUGGAGAGAAAGGAGAAGCGGGAGAGGAUGGUCCCCCUGGUCCUGAUGGUAUUCAUGGCCCAUCUGGUCUUGCUGGUCAGCGUGGUAUUGUUGGUUUGCCUGGACAGCGCGGUGAGAGAGGCUUCCCUGGUCUCCCAGGACCUUCUGGGGAGCCAGGUAAACAGGGAUCUCCCGGUGCUGGUGGUGACCGUGGACCCCCUGGCCCAGUCGGGCCUCCUGGACUGAGUGGACCUGGUGGAGAACCUGGAAGAGAGGGUAACGCUGGUGCUGAUGGACCUCCUGGUAGAGAUGGAGCUGGAGGAGUCAAGGGAGAGCGUGGUAACACUGGACCCGUUGGUGCCCCUGGUGCUCCUGGAGCCACCGGUUCCCCUGGCCCCGUCGGACCUCUGGGCAAACAGGGAGACAGAGGAGAGUCUGGUGCCCAAGGACCUGCUGGCCCCGUUGGACCUUCUGGAGCUAGAGGCAUGGCUGGACCCCAAGGCCCACGUGGAGACAAGGGAGAGAGCGGCGAGGCUGGAGAGAGAGGACAGAAGGGACACAGAGGAUUCACUGGUCUGCAGGGUCUGCCUGGAUCUGCUGGUCCUGCUGGAGAUGCUGGUUCUGCUGGACCUUCUGGACCUGCUGGAGCUAAGGGAGUCCCUGGCGCAGUUGGACUUUCUGGAAAGGAUGGUGCUAACGGCCUGUCUGGACCCGUCGGACCCCCCGGACCCCGUGGACGCUCUGGAGAGGCUGGCCCUGCUGGUCCUCCCGGUAACGCUGGACCCCCUGGUCCUCCUGGUCCCCCAGGCCCUGGCAUCGACAUGUCUGCCUUCGCUGGACUGUCCCAGCAUGAGAAGGGCCCAGACCCCAUGAGAUACAUGCGGGCUGAUGACCCAUCCAGCUCCAUCAGGCAACACGACAUGGAGGUGGAUUCCACACUCAAGUCCAUCACCAGCCAGCUGGAGGACAUGCGCAACCCUGAUGGAACCCGCAAGAACCCAGCACGCACAUGCAGGGAUCUCCAACUCUGCCACCCAGAAUGGAAGAGCGGCGAUUACUAUGUGGAUCCCAACUUGGGCAGCACUGCAGAUGCCAUCAAGGUCUUCUGCAACAUGGAAAGUGGUCAGACCUGUGUCUACCCCAACACUCCCAGCGUCCCACGCAAGAACUGGUGGAGCAGCAAGAGCAAGACGCACAAACAUGUCUGGUUCGGCGAGACCAUGAAUGGUGGAUUCCACUUCAGCUAUGCUGAUGAUAACCAGCCAGGCAACAGCGCCAACAUCCAGUUGACUUUCUUGAGGCUGCUGUCCACAGACGCUUCCCAGAACAUCACCUACCACUGCAAGAACAGCAUCGCCUACAUGGACCAGGCUUCUGGCAACCUGAAGAAGGCUGUGCUGCUGCAGGGCUCCAACGACAUUGAGAUCAGAGCUGAAGGCAACAGCCGCUUCACAUACAGCGUGCUGGAAGAUGGCUGCAAGAAACACACAGGCCAGUGGGGCAAGACAGUGAUUGAGUACAAAACCCAGAAGACGUCCAGACUGCCGAUCGUGGACAUCGCUCCCAUGGACGUAGGAGGCGCUGACCAGGAGUUUGGAGUGGACAUCGGAGCCGUCUGCUUCUUGUAAAGUGGAAUAAACAAGACAAAGAAACACAAACGAUAUGAAAAGUCCAUUAAGAAGCAAUACACACUUUUUAAAAACGAAGACAAUGGAAGACAGGAAAAGACAUUAAAAUUGAUUUGAUACUUGUUCCUCCAAACGUAAAGUUGUGCUCUCCAAGUUAUGCGCCUAGGAUAUCGGCACUGAGCGACACCAGAAGUAUGGGUUUGUAGUUCCACUGAGCGCCACCAGAAUUCCCACCGUCAGCCUGCCCCUCUGACAUCAGUCAUGUUUCCCAAAGAUCCCAUGUUCUCGCUGUGUGUCAGGGAGAGAUGGAAGGAACAGAUGAGCAAGAGAAAGGGAAAGAAGCAACGAAACAUGGCUUGAUGUCACCCUUAUACCCCCAACACAGUGAGGGAAGGUGCACAGAACUGGGUGUGUUUGAUUGGAUACCACAGAGGCCCCUCCCACUAAAGAACAUCAGGAUCCGCCCAGUUCUCUAGAGCCCCUCCCUGUCUUUCUAGAAUGAUGUAAAAAGUUCAGGUGUUCCUAAAAUCUACCAACUAGGAAAAAAACCAUUUACUGUGUAUUAUAAAACCUUGGUUCUAUUGUUGUAAAAGUCUGUGUUUCAUCCAGAUAUUGAUUUAUAUAUUUCCAUGUUUAUGUGAGUGUCUGUGAGCGUGUGUCUGUGUGCACGCCAACACUUUUUUGGGAAGUGCAGUUUUUAAUUUGGGAGGUUUUGGGUUUCAGUGUGAUUAUUUCCCCUUUACAGCCCUUGUUAGGAGCUCUGUUUUAUACUUUCAACACACAACCAAAGAAAUGCUAAUAAAUUUGGAAAAGAUUUCUGUUUUCUUUUAGUUUCAUUAUCCUCAUUGUUUUGUUUGAUUUUAUUUUUUGGGUUAUUCUUUUUUGAAGCUACCUCACGCUAGCAAAACAAAGUAAGAGUUAGCCUGAGGUGAGGCUGAACAUGCAUGACCCCCCCCCCCCCCCCCUUCAGAAGGUGCUAUGACUAUUAAAAACCAAACAUCCAUCUUUGUUAGAGGUCCCAGAAUCCCCCCCUUCCCUACUUGCCUCACACUGCACACACACCCUGCGCUGGGAGCCCGGAACAAUCCGGAAUGAUCAGAGGAAUGAGGGGCUCCUCUGGGACAGCCGGAGUUUGACACCCACAUAGCUCCCAGGAUAGCUUCCCCUCUCCGAGAGCCAGGGUGUGUCUCUACGUGUGAGGGUGUGUAUAUUUUUUGUUAUUAAUAUUAUUAUGAUCAUGAUCAUUUUUUAUUUUGUUUUUUUUUUCCUUUUUGGGAGGGUUUUGAUUUUGUUUUGUUACGGUUUAAUUAAUGUAAAUUGGAAAAUAAAGUAAAAAAAAAAACAAGGAACAAUGAAGUCAAUUUUAAUUGUUUUUUUCUUGAAGGUAUACUUUCGUUUACUUAUUUGUACAGAAAUCUGUACUUAGUUUGUAUCAACAAGUAGUUAGCAGCCUCUUUCAAAGGUUUUAAAUAAAUUACAAAGCUCUGUGAGAGUAAUGGUAUACACAAUUCACCUUCAGAUUCAUAUACUACAACACAAAGUGACUCAUUGAAUGGUCCUUGUGCUUUCAGAUAUUUGGUUUCAAAUUUUCAGUAGACUAAAAGAGUCUUCCAGGCACACACUGGAUCAAUAUUAUGUCCUCUCUUAACUUAACACUACAUGAGAUUAUUCUUAACUUUGGUAGUAAGUGCUAACUAUAUGAAGGAGGACAGCAUUUAACUUUUUAAGGCACACAA